UAAAACAGCAGGUCCGAAAUAGCGACAAAAGUAAUAAUAAUGAAAGCAUACUAUAUUGCCGGAGAGUCUUGUACAACAUAGCAGGGGGGCGCAAAGUGGAAGAAAUACGUGCGAGUCCAUGUAACCUUGGACGGCCGAUUAUUCCGUCGAGAAAUCCUCCAGACUGAUCGAGAUUUGCACAUGUUUGAUAUAAUGCACAUCUUCUGUUGUUCUUUCUGAUGACGAGUUUAUAUGGUGAAAUUAUCAUUAAGCUACCAGUUCUCUCGAUCAUCUAUCCAUCGGCUGGAAAUGUGCGUGUGCUCAUACAGCUAGCAAAUCAUGCCAUUAUUCAGUCACUAUGGAGAUCUUCCAGACAACUCUUCGGCGCUCUCCUCUCCAGCGCUCGUCUUUGCGAUUAUAACACCUAUUGUUGUGUUUGCAAGACUGCUGAGUCGUCAAUUCCUCUCUGGGCAUAUUGGAGCGGAUGAUUGGACAAUUCUCGCCUCUUGCGUUUUUGCAGAAACAGUAUCGAUCCAAAUGAUAAUUGUUUGCGAAUGGGCAUUCGGGAAACAUGCUAGUGACCUUUCUAAUAAUGACUUAAUGAUAAAGACUUUGAAGCUCUACUUCGUCGCUCAGAUUCUCUACAAGAUCAACAUCGGCCUGACCAAGAUUAGCAUUCUCCUAUUAUACAUCAGACUAUUCAUCCGCCGUUGGUUUGUCAUCACAUGCUGGACAUGGGUUGGCAUCGUCGUGGCAUUCACUGUAGGCACGGUGUUUUCCAGUAUCUUCCAAUGCACUCCGGUGCAGUAUGCUUUUAACAAGUCAAUCCCUGGAGCAGGAACUUGUCUCAACCUUACUGCAUUCUGGUAUGCCAAUGCAGCGUUCAAUAUCCUUAGUGACUUCGUUAUCAUCGCCCUUCCCGUCCCAAUCAUAAGCAAGCUCCAGCUUCCAUUGAAGUCCAAAAUUGCACUCUGCGGCCUCUUCGCAGUGGGUAUCUUCGUCUGCAUCACCUCCAUUCUCCGCAUCACCACCUUAAACAUCGCAACCACCCACUUAGACACAACAUGGAACAGCAUCGGCUCCUCGAUGUGGACAGUAAUCGAAUCAAACCUUGGAAUCAUCUGUGCCUGCCUCCCCGCCCUCCGGAGACCCCUUGGCCUCCUCUUCCCCCGCCUCUUUGGCAAAAUCCACAGAUCGUCAUACGCGGCGCAAAAGAGCGAGCCGAGAUCGCGCGAGACGGUAUCGAAACGGCGCGAGUCUAAGAUGGUGGGUGGGUGGAAUGUGUUGGAGGAGUUCAGUCUGAGUGACACUGUUUACCAUGCUGAUAGUGAGAGGCCGGAAGAUGGGGAAGAAGUUAAAAUUGUUGAUUUAUCGGAUGAAGGGAGGGGGGCGAUUCGGAAGACGACGCAGGUCGUGGUGCAAUUUGAUGCUGUUGGGAGGGAAGUUGGUGUUGAUGAUGGGGGGAUUGAGGAGAGGAAUGAUGAUAGUAUACGUUAAUUGAAGUUAUCUAUAUACUAUAUACUGGUGUAUAUUAGUAGUAUUGCAUAACGAAGUCUAUCCAUUUUGUAAUUCUUGAAUACAGGAGUAUAAUGGACUCGUGGUUGAAUCAGAUAUCUCAUCUCAUUGUAUCUAUAGUAACUCAUGCAUGCAUAAUCGUCUAAGGGGUACAA